CGGCCUGCAUCCACCUAGGUGGCUGACGAUGGAACGUGCAUCGUGUCAGUCGGUACUUUAAGACUCGUGCUACGCCACGAUCGCAUACGCGGUUUGGCAAACAGGGAUCGGGAACGGGGUGCUCUGCGCCAAGGGUGUGUCUGUGCCGUGGACACUUGGAGCCCCGAUGAGAGGACGUCGGCUGACGCCGGCUCGAACGAAUUCGAGGACCGGUCGGCGUAACAGGAAGUAGAGGAAGGGACACGCGACGAAUCCAUUCAUUACUGACGAUUUCGCGAAGCCUCGAUACACUCGUGCGCUCAUACGUGAACAAGUUGAAUAGGCGAGCGCUCUGCCUGUGUCAUCGUUCACGAGGGCGUGCAUAUGGUUUAUUGGCAUUGAUUGGGGGAAUAGAGACACGCGAAACAUCAGCGAACGUCAUACAUUCCCGUCUGUUUCUAUUUUUCCUAUCGUUCUUUCGCUCGACACCGACAAUAUCCACGUCAUCAAUUAAACCAUCGUUAGUGGUAAUUGAAUAAACAAUAGACGAGGAAGGCGAACGAGGGAGGGUCAUACUAAAGGGGAACCAUGGCGAACUGGGACUGGGAAGACACCGACUGGGAUUGGGAAGACGCAGAAGAAUCUUCCUGCGGUGAGGACCAGAAGCAGAUUAUCUCGGAGUCGGAAAUUGACAAGGAGUGGCUCGGUGGUAUCUUAAGGGAAUUUCAUAAGGAACCGGUGACGAUAUCCGAUUGUAACGUAAGUCCGGGCUGUAUGAGUAACGAAAGCGCGCUCAGCGCUAUAAUUCGCGUUAAAGUCAAGUACGUGUUGAGCGACUCGAACACCACGCAAGACCUCUCGCUAAUUGUGAAAGAGUUACCCAAAGACGCGUUCAGUCGCUUCUUCGUUAUCGAAGGUCAGUUCGAUCUUCGGGAGAUUAAAUUUUACACUCAGGUAAUGCCCGACUUAAAAGAGUUCCAAAAGAAACAAUUAGCGUUCCAAGGGAACGACUCGGACAAAGAAAUCCUUCUGUCAGUUCCAAUUUGUUACCAUGCACAUUAUACACCAGUCGACGAGACGGACGAGAACCCUGCGAUACCAGACUCGAUAUUAGUACUGCACGAUCUUCGUGACUCCGAUUUUCGAAAUAUUAAAUUUCGAGAAGGACUGACAUACGAUCAAACGAAAGUCGCGUUAGAUGCCAUAGCACGUAUACACGCGCAUUCAUUGACGAUGAAAGUAGUCGAGGGUCAACCUCUGUCCGAUCGCUAUCCGUUCCUCUUUCAAACAGCGAAGGCGACGGAUUCGUAUCAGCAACUGGUCGAGCGUGGUUUACCUCAGCUCGCCACAUUUUUGAAGAGCACACCGGGAUUAGAAGAGAUACUUGAAGCUUUACUUGUGCUACGACCUAGGACCAAGCACAUAAUAUCCGCGCUACUCGCGCCGGAAGGGCCGCUAGCACUGAUAACGCACACAGAUUUCUGGUGCAACAACCUACUUUUCAAAGAAGGACCCUCUGGCCUGGAGUGCUGUAUCCUUGACUGGCAAAUGGUCACCUACAGUAGACCGACUAACGACAUCGCACUACUGAUAGUGAGCUCUCUGCCCACCGAGCUACGACGACAGCACACAGACAACUUCCUCGACAUCUACUGGGAUUCAUUGACGAGCACCUGUUCCCGUCUCGGUGUCGAUAUCCCGAAUGAUUUGGGUUACACGAGAGAAGAUUUGAGCAAAGACUACCGGCGAUCGCAACUUCUCGCUCUCCUACUUUGCAUCGGAUCCGUGGACGUUGCCUUAGGCGAUCCGGACACCGAACAACGCCUGAUCGACGUUCUAAAAGACCUUCACAUCGAGGGUGUACUUACAGAUGAGACUGCAACUGCCACCAGCGAAAAUGAUCCUUAGUCAGCGUUAUUACCGCCCAUAAUAGUGCUGCAGCGAAAUAAUACUUCUACGCGAGAUGUAAAUCAAGAUGAAAGUUACGGAGUUGGCCGUAGAACGACACGACCUGUCGACCGUUAAUGUUACAAUUGUGAUCAAUAUGAUUCAUCUCGUGCAAAAAAGGCUUGUGUCGACAAUGAUGUAAUUGCGGCUAGUUGAAGAAAUCGAAGUCACGUUAAAUAACAUGGCGAAAAUAGAAUUGAUGUUAGAAUUUUCUGUUUGAAAACCACAUUUCGACACAUUGGAUUGUUUGUGCGACAUGUACACGUACUUAGCAACCGAGUUAAGCGAACGAAAUAUCAAUAAAUGUUGUACCGAGUUCGAAAAUUAAAUGGCUUCUAAACUGGAACAAAAUCGCUAACAGCACGUGCCACGAAAAACUAAUACUAUUUUCCUUGAGCGAAUUAAAUACGACAAACGUUCGAUUCGAGUUUUUUCCUGUGACUAAAUUUCUUCCCGCAAUUAUUGCAACGGCUAUAAGACCGACAUUCUGUUAUCGCUAAUUCAAGUACGCAAUAAUUAUAUAAUUCCAUUUCUUUGUACAAACUAUAUAAAUAAAAUGUACUUUGAUGUUGUCAGGAA